ACAGCGCCUGAUAUCCCAUUUGUUCUCCGUGAGGUAGUACAGUCGUUACUGCCUGGUUCGCCACAGGAUCUAUCACAUGAGGCUCAAGCUUUAUCAGAUGUUCUCACUGCAUCAUUCUCCAUCGAUCCUGCAAUUGCCGCGCUGCACGAACACUGUCCCGCUUGCCACACCGAAGUCCCACUGCAUGACAUCACCCGCGCAACUUGUCCAAAUAGUCAUGCCUGGGGUACGCCUCCCUCUUUUGCGAAGCUAGAAAAGCCCAUCUCAAGUUUUCUUUCAUAUUAG